UACUAGCCAAGGCCAGGCCAACGCGCCGCACCACAGAGGAGAGAACCAUCUACCUCCCUCUCCCUCCCCCUUCCCCCUCCCCUAUAAAUAGCGGCCUCGCCGGUCGACUCGUUUCCUUCCUCCCGGCCCAUCCGCAAACAUCUGCCCCCCAAACCCGUCGCCGCCUCGCCGCGCAGCACCACCACCACCCCCAGCAGCAGCAGCAUCACCCAUGGCGGCGGACGACGAGGAGGCGUUCGAGGAGGUGGACCCGACGGGCCGGUACGGGCGCUACGCCGACGUUCUAGGCCUCGGGUCCGUGAAGAAGGUCUACCGCGCCUUCGACCAGGAGGAAGGCAUCGAGGUGGCCUGGAACCGCGUCCGCCUCCGCGCCCUGGCGGACCGCGACCCCGGCAUGGUGGACCGGCUCCACGCCGAGGUGCGCCUCCUCCGCUCCCUCAGCCACGACCACAUCAUCGGGUUCCACAAGGUCUGGCUCGACCGCGACGCCGGCGUCCUCAGCUUCAUCACCGAGGUCUGCAACUCCGGCAGCCUCCGCGAGUACCGCGCCCGCCACAGGCACGUCUCCGUCAAGGCGCUGAAGAAGUGGGCCAGGCAGAUCCUCCUCGGCCUCCACCACCUCCACACCCACGACCCCUGCAUCAUCCACCGCGACCUCAAUUGCAGCAACGUCUUCAUCAACGGCAACACCGGCCAGGUGAAGAUUGGGGACCUGGGGCUGGCGGCGAUCGUGGACAAGACCCACGUGGCGCACACGAUCCUGGGCACGCCGGAGUUCAUGGCGCCGGAGCUGUACACGGAGACGUACACGGAGUCGGUGGACAUCUACUCGUACGGCAUGUGCGUGCUGGAGAUGGUGACGCGGGAGAUGCCCUACGCCGAGUGCGAGAGCGUCGUGCAGAUCUACCACAGCGUCACCCGGGGCGUGCCCCCCGCCGCGCUCCGCCGCCUCAAGGACCCCGAGCUGCGUGGCUUCAUCGACCGCUGCAUCGGCCAGCCAAGGAACCGGCCCACGGCCGCCGAGCUCCUGCUCGACCCCUUUUUCUCCGGCAUCGACGACGACACCACGGGCACGCUGAGCUAACGCCAUGCCGGCGAAGUUGGCCUCGAUCAGCCGUGGCAAUGGCCAGGGUGGAUUGGGCAUGUAUUCUUCCAAAAAAAAAGAUUGGGCAUGUAUUAAUUUCUCCGUGUUGCUAGUUGUUAACUGCUAGCUAGCUAGUAUAUACUAGUAGAAGCGCAAGCGCGAUGCUGAGUUGCUGACUGCAUCAAGCGAGCAACCGUGUAUACAGUUAGGGGCCUCUAUAUACAGUGUACACCAUGGUCUAGACAGAAUUAUUCUUGACCGGUGGUAUUCUUCUAUAACUGUAUGAUUGCAAUUUCGAAUUAAUAUAAGACAGACAAAGCAUGGCAGCACAAA